CUCCGCUUCUCCCUCAUUUCUAAUUUCUUCAUCUUUCUUCUCAACGGCAACUAUCUCCCCCCUCUUACCCCUCUCUCCGCCUCCCCUUCUCUCUCGAUCUCUUGUCUCCUUCGUCUUCCUCAGAAUCUUCACUCUUCCUUUCUCUCAAUUUCUAUUCUCUAAAAUGAAGCAUCCACCCAAGAAACCCUAUCUUGCUAAAUACCCAUCUCGCCGAUCCACUGCCCAUUUUCUAUUCCUUGCGCUAACGGCGCCGGAAUCAAGGGCGGAAGACCCCUAGGAAACCUAUGUCGUCUUCCAAAGAAAAUGCUUCACCGUCAGAUCCCAAAUUCCCAACUCCAUGGUUCCCGAUUCCAAACCCUCGCCGACUAAGUUGAAGAGCCUGCUCCAUCUUCUAACCCACUUAAGCGGAAGCUCAGUAUGGAGACCGUUCCGGAUAAUUCCAUCCCUGGGUUGUCUGAUUCUGUUGCUAAGAUUAGAGAAGAUGUAAAAUCUGGUGUAGAAAAUUUAACAGAGGAGUGUGUAUCCACAAUGGCAGCCGUUACUCGGCUUCUAAUGAAGCUACUGCCAAAAGCUUUAAAUUGCCUUCCGGAUGCACCUCAAAAUCAGCUUCAUUCUUUGUGUUUUCUAAUUUCUAGCUCACUCAAUUCAGCCAUGGAAGUACGGAGAUAUUCCACAUUUUAUAAUGCAAAACCUGAUGAAGCCGGUGAUGGUGUUUGCACAAGAGCUUGGAGAUUCUUUUUAUCUUACUUCACAAUUGACGUUCUUUCAAUUCUUCCACUCCCCCAGGAAUAAAGGAAAAUGAAGUAUAAUCGAAUUUGGAACCUUUGCAAGCAAGGGGAAGUUUUCUGUUCCCUAUCUCUUUUUUUUAUCCUUACAAUCUUGCUUAAAAUGCUUUGAAGACAAAUUAAAGUUUUAAGUGGGGGGUAGGGUUGUAGCUUUGCAUGUUCUAUGUCCUUUGGGAAAUUUUCAUUUUGCCAAAAAUGUCCAAAUUUUAAACUUUUUCAAUUUCUUUAUUCUUAAAAUAAAUACCAUGUCUAAUUUGCUUUCUAGCUUAGACAAGCAUGUCUGCCUAACCCUUGAGCAUGGAGCUCGGGUUUGUGAUUGUGUUUGUCAUUUGAAUAUUUUAAAUAUGUUGAAAAUGCAUUCUUUGAUAGCUUAGAAAUGUGUAGAAGACAUGCUAUCCAUUUUCUAAAUAUUUUAAAUACUGUACAUACUUAAUAAUAUGUGUUGAAAACAUGGCCUAACCAAAACAAGAUCUGCCUAGCCCUUGGAGUCGACUCGGUUAGGUCAAGUAGAAUACGUUAGGCUCCCUCAGUAUCAGAGCUUGUGUGGGGAACUCUUCACUUUUCGCCUAACCACAACCAGACCUACAUAGCCCUUAAAGUCCAGCCGGUUAGGUCAAGUAGAAUGCGUUGAGCUCCCUCAGUAUCAGAGCUUGUGUGGGGAACUCUUCACUUUUGGCCUAACCAAAACCAGACCUUCCUAGCCUUCAAAACCCAACCGGUUAGGUGAAGUAGAAUGCGUUGAGUUC